UCCCUCUCGUAUCAGUUGUACCGGCGACUGCUACCAAACACGUUCCCCACAACGAUCUUCGUAAACAAGACGACAAUUGUAUUAUCUGCAUUGAUUAGUCACUCUUCAUCACCAUGAAGUGCCUGUUAAUGUGCCUCUGUUUCAUCUUCACUGUGUACAUUGCCAAUGGUGAUGAUGAAUUGCUGGAGAUAGUAUUACCACUGGGUAAGAUCAAGGGAUCAUUGAUGAAAUCACGAUUGGAGAAGACCAUUCAUUCGUUUCGUGGCGUCAGAUAUGCGGAACCACCGGUUGGUCAGCAGCGUUUUAAGCAAGCCAUCCCCGUGAAGCCUUGGAAUGACACUUUAGACGCCAGUCAAGAGGGUCCCGCCUGUCCCCAACCCUUCGACGAACAUCAGUCUGAGGAUUGUUUACGUCUGAACGUUUAUACAACGCAGUUGCCGACCACAGAUGCUGCAGUUAAACGGCCGGUAAUCGUGUAUUUCCAUCCCGGUGGAUAUUACGGAUCAUCAGCGCAAAGUUUGAUCGACGGUCCUGCGUACUUUAUGGAUCAGGAUAUUGUACUCGUGACGGCUAAUUAUCGUCUCGCAUCAUUGGGUUUCUUCAGCACAGGAGAUUCACUAGCACCUGGCAACCUUGGCCUGAAAGAUCAAGUGGAAGCGCUCCGCUGGGUUCAGAAGAAUAUCGCAAGUUUCGGGGGUGAUCCCGACUCCGUGACAAUAAUGGGCUACAGUGCUGGGGGAUGGAGUGUCACUCUCCACAUGGUUUCACCGAUGAGCAGGGGAUUGUUUCAUCGAGCCAUCGCCAUGAGUGGCUCCGCAACUUAUCAGAAUCUGCUGCCGACGGAUCAGAAACAUCUGGCGAUUAAGCAGGCGGAAAUCCUUGGAUGUCCCACAGACACUACCGGAAAUAUGCUCAUUUGUCUCAAUACUAAAACGGCCGAGGAAAUUGGAAAUUCUUCUCAACAAUUUUUUGAAUGGCAUCACGAUCCAAUAUUGGUUUGGCUUCCCGUUGUGGAACCGGAAGUUCCGGGCGUCGAGAGAUUUCUCCCUGAUCAACCGAUAAAUCUCAUUAGACAGGGAAAGUUUAAUGAAGUACCGUUGAUAACUGGAGUCACUAAAGACGAAUUCGGUGGAAGAGUUAUCCCCGCUGUGGAGGCGGCAAGAGCUGGGAACAACUCCAUCUUCGAUGACAUCAACGUGAACUGGACGAAAAUUGCUCCGAUUGUUGCUCUCUACGAACGCGAUACAGCUAAGUCUGCAUCUGUGAGUGAGGAGCUGAGGCAAUUUUACUUGAAGGGAAAACCUGCAGGUUUGGACAACUACCAGGGCCUCGCUGAGAUCUGGGCUGACGGUGUCAUCGGUUUCUCUGUCCACCGUCUCGCCAAAUUGAUGGCCGAAUUCUCCAGUCAACCGGUGUAUUACUACAAAUUUUCUUAUCAGGGACGAUACAGUCACGCAAUAUGGACUGAUAACACCACUUACGGUGUUGUUCAUCACGAUGAUUUAUUGUACUUCUUCAACGUCAGUUUCUUUCCGCACUUAGAGGAAAAUGCACCGGAAAUUCCCACUGUCGAGCGAGAAACCGCUAUGUGGGCACACUUUGCAAAAACCGGUCAACCGAUACCCAAGGACAACAAACUGUUUGGAAAUACAACGUGGACUGAAUUUACGUUGAACAAUAAUGCGUAUCUGGAUAUUGGUGAUGAACUCAUAAUGAAGACUGGCUUAUACAGUGAGAGAAUGAAUUUAUGGGAGAAGUUAUUUCCCUUGAACGCACUGCCCUGAAAAAAUUAUUUUUCUGGUUAUUAAUAUUGUUACCGCUGAGCUUUUAUUUUCUUUUUACAAUGCUGCAGUACGCUGUUAUGAACUAUAUAUUUAUUUUUAAAAUAACUUCUUGUAAUGACGAGCUUGUAAUGUUGUGAGGCCAGUCAUUAGGGGAAGUAGUUUAUUAGAAUUAUUAUUACACUUUCUGGUUGAAUUUGUUAAUGAAAUUGUGUGGGAAAAAUUUGCGAAAAGAAAUCAUGAAUAUACAACGUUGUUAAAAUUUAAUUUUGUCCAGAAUUGUUAUUGUUUAAGCAUUCUUUAUUUAUAUAUAAUUAAAUAAAGUUCUUUAGCCUUUUGAAAAUA